AGUUACAGUUCAGCUCUGAACGGAACCUUCUUUCUCUGUUCCCUUUCAACUCUGAACCAGUUUCUUUGUUCUACUAAUGUAAUAAUAUAUUUGGGUUUUUUUUUGGGCAUUUUUGACUUCGACAAAAAAAUAGCUAAUUUUCUCUGAAAUUUUAAGGGGUAUGGUCUUUCUAUUUGAUCUCUGAGGCCCGUGAUUUAAGAAAGGUCUGCUUUUUAAGAGUUGAGAUUCUGAGUGUUGUAAAAUUCUUUGCUGGCCAUCGACUAUCUUCGGUUUUAUUUCCUUAAAUUGUUUUUCUGGAGACUUGAUACAAUGCGUAAGCCGUCAUUACUCGCACAAUGCUUGCCUGGCUUGGUUCCCAAUGACAAAGGAAGUCAGAGCUUGACAUCCUUUUCUGAGAGAGAUUUGCAUCUCCCUUCACCAGCUGUUGAGAUUCUCCCAUCAAAGACGGCUCACCCAUACAAGUAUGCUGGGGAGAAUGUAGACCUGCAGGGUCUUAAUGUGUUCAAGGGAAGAGUUAGUGUUGCUGAUAUCAUUGGGUUCAACAGUUCCGAAAUGAUAUCCUCAAAACCUGAUGGGUACCUAAAAUCCUGGGACAGCUCUAUUGAUCUUGUAAAUGUGCUUAAGCAUGAGAUUCGAGAUGGACAACUGAGUUUUAGAGGGAAAAGAGUACUUGAGCUAGGUUGCAGCUAUGGACUGCCAGGGAUUUUUACUUGCCUCAAGGGAGCUUCAACCGUUCAUUUUCAAGACCUCAGUGCAGAAACUAUAAGAUGCACUACAAUACCAAAUGUUCUUGCCAACCUUGAGCAAGCUCGAGACAAGCAAAGCCGACAACCAGAGAGCCCCCUUACUCCAUCGAGACAAACUCUGGCUCCUUUGGUGCACUUUUAUGCGGGUGACUGGGAAGAACUUCCUACUGUUCUGUCUGUUGUAAGGAGUGAUGGGUUGGAAGCACCAACUGGAAUGAGCCUGAGCUUUUCUGAGGAGGAUUUCAUGGAUGGAUGUAGUAGCCAAGAUGGAAGCGUCAUUGGACAAGAAUCUUCCUCAAGACGAUCGAGGAAGCUCUCAGGAAGCCGUGCAUGGGAAAGGGCUAGUGAGAGAGAUCAAGGGGAAGGUGGAUAUGAUAUUAUUUUGAUGACAGAUAUUCCUUACUCAUCAACUGCUUUGAAGAAGCUUUAUGUGGUCAUUAAAAAGUGUUUGAGGCCUCCCUAUGGUGUUGCAUACAUGGCCACAAAGAAGAACUAUGUUGGUUUCAACAGUGGAGUAAGACAUUUGAGAAGUCUGGUAGAUGAAGAAGGCAUUUUUGGAGCCCAUUUAGUGAAGGAGAUGACUGAUAGAGAUGUCUGGAAAUUUUUUCUCAAGUGAGAGAGGCAACAAACUCAGUACAUAUCAAAAGUCCUUGCCCAAAAAUACUUCUCACUUCUCAUGGGAGUAUUGGUUUUCAACAUUAUUAUGUGUUUGUAUUAUAUGAAUCACAAACUCUUUAAUAUAUAUAUUUUUUCAUUUCUUUUGGGUUUUGUUAUAUGGUUAGCAAAAUAUGAAGUUACAAUCGGAAAGAUUAGUCGUAAGCAAUUGUUUUCAUAUCUUAAUGUAAUCUUUUAUUCCUUAAGCAUUUUUUUUAAUUCGUUUUCAUACAUUUAAUUUCUUUUUAUGACUGUAAAUCAAUACAGUGUAAUUGCAAAUUUGAAAUCAAUACUGCAUAUAUUGAAAGUCUUACAAUUUGACGAA